UCGGUUCUGGCGCCGCUCCUCUUCCGUCGCGCCGCUCUCUCUGCUAGCUAUAGCCUUUCCCAAUCUCUGUCUCUCUUUCGCUCCACUUGUCCACGCUUCGACUUGCACCGAAACUUUCGUGUGUGCUUUUCGGCGAAGAGCGGAAACUUUGAGUUGGCAGGAAUCUCUCCGUAGCGUCUGAUGCAGACAUGCAUCCACACUCGGUCACCAUCACCAACUAAAAUGAUCAACCUUCAGGCGUCAGCACAAGUAAAUCGUUCAGAUGUGAGUCUGAUAUAGUUUCAGCACUGCAUCACAGUUUUAAGGGGCACUUUCCCAUUCUACACUUCGCACACGUCUUCUUACAACCAGCAAAAAACUGAACCAACAUGUCUGACUACGAGAGAAUAAGAUUGGUGACUUUGGGAGGAGCAGGCGUUGGAAAGAGCUGCAUCAUCAAGAGGUUUCUCACGAACACCUACUCCGACAAGUACAGGAGCACAGUCGAGGAUUUAUAUAACAGGGAGUACGACUUAGGCCACACGACCCUGAAGGUGGACAUCCUGGACACGGCGGGCGACAUGCAGUUCCCGGCGAUGCGUAAACUGUGCAUCGCCACUGCGCACGCCUUCCUCCUGGUCUACGCGGUCACGUCGGCCCCCUCGUUCGACGCCAUUAAGCAAUGCUUCGAGGAGAUCAAGGAACAGAGGGCGGACUUCCAGGAGAUACCGAUCGUCUUCGCCGGCAACAAGCUGGACUUGACCAGCACCCAUCGGGAGAUCAGCAAGGAGGACGUGUCCGAGUGGGUCCACUGCGAACUCCCCAAGUUGAGGGUGAAACUGUUCGAAUGUUCGGCCAAAGACGACAUCAACAUCAAGGAGAUAUUCCGCACGUUCCUCACGCUGGCCCGCAUCUAUCCGAGGGACGUGGAGGACAGUUCCGGCUUGAAGAGACAGUCGAGCGCUUACGUGUCGGCGACGAAGGGACGGCGACGGGCCGCCAACUGCGCCGUCGAGAAGAUCAAGCCGUCCGGAUCGGCGGACGAGGCGGAGAGCGGGGCGGCGAAGCCGCGAUCCCGCUCCCUGAUCCGCAGGGCGAGCAAGAAGACCAAGCAGCAGAUGCGCAGCGCGAACGACACCGACAAAUGCAACAUCUCUUAAUAUUUUUUUAUAUAAGUGUUUGUGUUGUGACAUUUAUUGUUAUUAAACGUAUACGUACCAAUAUUAAUCAAAAAUUUGA